ACGUGACCACUAUCAGCUGAUUCGUGACGUUAAACACGGAAAGCGGAACUUGACAGCAAAACAUGGUACAUUUACUUGGCAAAUUACCUUCUGAAGAAUGUCCAAAACUAUUACACUGGGUGGUAGACGGUGUGUGUGGGCGGGAGCCCCCUCGGAUGGCAGACUACGGUAAUACGUGGACCCUUGUAGAAUGGAUGGAGCUCCUCGACUCCCUCUCCUCUCUGUUCCGGCUCGCCGUGGGUAAGAAGACCCCAAACGAAGAGGUGCUGGCAUCAUUGGCAGACGUGGGCAGUGGGUAUGGGGAGGCCGUGCUGACUGUCCUGAGGGCCAGACGAGAGGAGAUCCGUCAGGCGCUGGUGGAGAGGACCAAUAACGUGUCCAGCUCUACCCUCCAGGAUUUUGACUGGCAGAUAAAGCUGGCAUUGUCCAGCGAUAAGAUCUCAUCUCUCCAUACCCCUCUACUCAACCUCCAUUUGGAUGUGAAGGAGAAUGGUGCCCUGAAGCCUCUGUCUGUCGAGAUGAACAGAGAGGAAUUACAAACACUCAUCAGCUCAUUGGAGGCUGCCAAUAAGGUGGUACUACAGCUGAAGUGAUGGCGUCGAUGGACAUUUCACUGUGCCCUUUUAUUUAUGGCUCUUAUUAAGGGGACGUGUUAUGUCAUCAUAGAGGGACACUGAGCUAUGAUGCAGGGAAACAACUCUUAGCCUUCAACCCACUAGGCACUGAUUCCUUACGCCUCGAUCACACCUACAGUGUCAUUGCACAAAAUGGUACACAGCAACAUAUGGAUAUGUGUGCAACAAAAGUUCAACAUUCACCUUCUGCUACCAUUUCUGUCAAUCCUUCUACUCAUAUAAUUUGA